GGGAACAUCUACGUUCGAGGAUUGACCCAUGACAUCGAUACCCAGGACUUGCACCAGCUGUUUGGCCCCUUUGGAACGAUCAUCUCGUGUAAGAUUGUCACCGAUGAGUUUGGAAGAUCGCAGGGCUACGGGUUUGUCAACUUCAACAACGGCGCUUCGGCGGACGAGGCCAUUGAGAAGCUGAACGGGCUGCUGGUGAAUGGUUCCAAGCUCUACCUCAACCACCACAUCGCAAAGAACGAGCGUUUGGAGAGAAUCGACUAUGAGAGACUACACUUUACAAACCUCUACGUCAAGAACUUGCCGGAGUCUUACAACGAGGACAAGUUGAAGACUCUCUUUGGAGAUUUCGGAGAAGUCACGUCGGUUCUCUUGCCUGACGGCACAAGUGGCCAGUCUGCAAAGAGAUUCGGCUUCGUCGGGUUGAAAACCCACCAGGCCGCGCUGAAGGCCAUCGAAGCACUCAACGGCAAGGAAGUCGAGCCAGGUUGUGAGAUCUUUGUCUCGAGGGCGUAUAGUCGUGAUGAACGUAGACACGCUUCCCAUUCACCACCGGCGAUGAAUGUGCCAGCGCAGCACUACCUGCCUAUGUCCAACUUGUACGUGAAGAACCUCACCCCUGCUAUCGAUGAUGAUGCGCUGUAUUCGGCCUUUGCUCCAUACGGGAUUAUCGUGUCAGCAAAGAUCAUGACGGCGGAGGACGGUUCCCCAAGAGGAUUUGGAUUCGUCUGCUACAAGACGGUUCAAGAGGCUUCGAGAGCACUCGUUGCUAUGAACGAUUCUGUGCUGGAUGGCCAGGUGAUCCACGUCUCCUUUGCUCAGCGC